AGUAAACAGUCACUUGUCAGUUCAGUUGUCAGUGCGAUCAGCUGUUUUAUGGUUAAUAUUUUUGUUAUGGUCCAACACUACAAACAAUUGACCAAAUGAACAAAUAUUUAUUGAUUAUUAAUAUGAUGUGAUCAAUAUAGCGUUAAUAAAAGUUUUAUUCAUGCAAUCAAUUAGAAUUCAGGAGCUUUAAAUAACAAAAUCAUUAUGUGGGACUCAGGGUUCUGCAACGUAAUCAUUCCAACAGUGUCAACAAUGAUUAUUUACGUACUGACAGUAAAUCUCGUAAGAUAUUUGAUGAGAGACAACUAUUUGUCAAUAAGAGAUGUCUCGAAGAAUCAUAACUGGACACCUAUUAUCAGUAGUAGUAAUAAGGCAUAUUACUGCAGUAUCUGCGAGUCUCUAUUACUUAACACAAAAAGCGUUCUUUGUGAUUCAUGUGGUGUGUGCGCUGAUACAGGAUGUAUAAAAGCUGCAGACAAACAAUUGGUCUGCAAAGCAAUAACUCAAUCUACCGAGAUUAUGAAGCAUCACUGGAUUCAUGGAAAUUUGCCUACUGUUGCGAUGUGCGAAGUAUGUGAUGAAGAGUGUGACAUAGAGCCGGGGCUGGUUGAUUGGUUCUGCUGCUGGUGUCAAAAGUGUGUUCAUGAAGCUUGCAAGUUGAAGAUCAACGAGAUAUGUGACUUUGGGAAGUUUAAAUUAAUGAUAAUACCGCCGGGAAGUUUGGAAGUUGUAAACAGGCGACGUACAGUACGUCGACGUCUGCAGUUACGAUCGAUUAUACCACCUGUAUGGAGUGAUUGGAAACCACUGAUAGUCGUUGCGAACAAAAAGUCUGGUAACAAUGAUGGAGCAAUGGUUCUGUCAAUGUUUCGGCGAUUAUUAAAUCCAUCACAGGUCGUAGACCUCUCGGAACGUGACCCGGUGGCAGCAUUGGAGUGGUGUCGUUUGUUAGGUGACAAAUCGUGCAAUGUUCUGGUCGCUGGAGGCGAUGGAACUGUCGCAUGGCUAUUAAAUUCUAUUCAUAAACUCCGUUUAAAGCAGGUGCCCGCCGUUGCAAUUUUACCUCUAGGUACUGGGAAUGAUUUAUCUCGUGUACUGGGCUGGGGCAGCGAAUAUGACUCAAGUGUUGAAGCUACGAAAAUUUUACAAAGUAUUCAAGAUGCACGCCCGGUUAAACUUGAUAGAUGGACAGUUACAUUGCAGUAUGAUGGACGGAGUCUCGGUUUCAGAGGCUCGCAACAACGUAAAUUUAUGUACAAUUACAUGAGUGUGGGAGUUGAUGCACAAGUCGCUUUGAAUUUUCAUCGAGCCAGAGAAAGUAGAUUUUAUUUAUUUAGCCAUAGAAUUUUCAACAAGUUGUUGUACUUGUGUUUUGGAACGCAGCAAGUUGUAGAAAGAGAAUGUAAAGACUUGGAUAAACGUAUUGAAGUAUAUUUAGAUGGUAAACAAGUUGAUUUACCAUCGACAGAAAGUAUUGUUGUACUUAAUAUUCCAUAUUGGGGCGCCGGAGUUAAACUUUGGGAAUUAGGACUCCAGGGUAAUGAAGGCGUUGGUAUGCAAAGUAUUAAUGAUGGUAAACUUGAGGUAUGCGCACUUUAUUCAUCAUUCCAUAUUGCUCAGUUACAAGUUGGUAUGUCACAACCACAUAGAUUGGGUCAGGCUAAAACAGUCACGAUUAAAUUAUUGGAUUCUUGUGCGGUACAAAUCGACGGCGAACCGUGGUCUCAGAAUCCGUGUGAGUUCAGCAUAACACACUGCAACCAAGCUUCAAUGCUCAUGUCAACUUAUCGGUAAUUUACUUACUCGUAAUCUUACUAUAAGGUAAAGCAUUACUAAUUAUUUAUCAACUAUUCCAUAUUUUUUAAGUAUUUAAAACAAGAGUUAACAGAAAGAGAAAUUUAUCUAGUCGUAUUAAUAUUUACAUGGAUAAUGCGAUAAAUAAAUAUUAUUUUAAGCUAAACUGAAAUUAUUAUAAUUAUAUAAAAUAUAUAUACGUAUAUUCAACGUUUAUUUAUCGUUAUAUCCCACAAAAAGUAUCUCAAAUAUUAUGAUCUGUCAGAUUUGUAUACUCAUUCCUAUUUUUUACUAAAAAAAGUGUAUGUAUUAAAAAAUAAAAACAAAAAAUAAACAGAAAAAAAAAGAAUGAAGGAUGUUGUUUUCUGAUAGUAAAUUAAAAAUUUUAAUAUUCAGUUUAUCAUACACAGUUCCACCAUCAGACAAAACAUAUCAAACAGGAAUAUUUUUUCAUUUUUUAAUAAAUUAAAAAAAAAAAAAAGGUCGUAAACAGUAAUAAAAUAAAAAAUAGAUUGUAAUGACGGAA